AUGCCUGCCUAUGAUAGCACUUCACAACUCUCCGGUGCCGGCCAAACCAUCUGCGUCACUGGCGCCGGAGGGUUUAUAGCUUCUUGGCUUGUCAAACUUCUCUUGGAAAAAGGUUACACUGUUAGAGGAACCCUCAGAAACCCUGAGGAUCCAAAGAAUGGUCAUUUGAAAGAGUUGGAAGGAGCAAAAGAGAGACUAACUUUGCAUAAAGUUGAUCUUCUUGAUCUUAACUCUAUUCAAUCUGUUGUUCAUGGUUGCCAUGGUGUAUUCCACACAGCUUCUCCGGUCACCGAUAACCCUGAUGAGAUGUUGGAACCAGCAGUAAAUGGAACAAAGAACGUGAUUGUAGCUUCUGCGGAAGCGAAGGUGAGACGUGUCGUGUUCACUUCAUCGAUUGGAACGGUUUAUAUGGACCCAAAUACGAGUAGAAAUGUUGUUAUCGAUGAGUCGUAUUGGAGUGAUUUAGAAUAUUGCAAGAACACAAAGAAUUGGUAUUGUUAUGGGAAGACAGUGGCAGAACAAUCAGCAUGGAAAAUAGCAAAAGAAAAUGAAGUUGAUUUGGUUGUGGUGAAUCCAGUUUUGGUUCUUGGACCAUUACUACAAGAAACCAUUAAUGCUAGUACAAUUCAUAUUCUCAAGUAUCUUAAUGGUGCAGCAAAAACUUAUGUGAAUGCAACACAAUGUUAUGUUGAUGUUAAGGAUGUUGCAUUAGCACACCUUCUUGUUUAUGAGACAAAUUCUGCUUCUGGUAGAUACAUUUGUUCUGAAACUUCUUUGCAUCGUGGUGAACUUGUUGAAAUUUUGGCCAAGUAUUUUCCAGAAUAUCCACUUCCGACCAAAUGUUCAGAUGAAAAGAAUCCAAGAGUGAAACCAUACAUAUAUUCAAAUCAAAAGCUGAAAGACUUGGGAUUGGAGUUCACUCCUGUUAAGCAAUGUCUAUAUGACACUGUUAGAAGCCUACAAGAGAAAGGACACCUUCCUAUUCCACCAAUGCAACAAGACUCUGUUUAA